AUGACGAUUCCACUCCCCUCCCUCCGUUACUCUGUUCAAUCUGUUCCAGCCAAUCUACUCCAAUUCAACAAUCCAUCAGCCUCUUCUCCACCGUCGCCUCCACCUUCCCGGGACUCAACUACCAAUGCCCAAGAACCAAAAGAAACUGUACUCUGGAUAGGGUGUUCUGAUUCCCUGGUAUCAGAAACUGAUGCUCUCACAAAUGUUAAGAGAUCCGAGAUCUUUGUCCACCGUAACUUAGGAAACCGUGUGAGCGUUGGUGAUACAAGCAGUGGAAGUGCAAUUGAAUGGGCCGUAGAUGUUCUAAAGGUACAGCAUAUCAUAAUAUGCGGCCACUAUGACUGUCAUCUGCUUGAGGAAUCAGAAAGCGAUAGUAACAAUUGGUAUCGUGAUAUCAUCCAACUUCAUCAAGAGUCUGACGCACUCGAGCCACCUGCUCAAUCACCUCAAUCACGGAAUCGUCAUUUCACGGAACUUUACGUACUGUCGGAAGUAGAAUGGUUAAGACAGCAACCUAGUGUUCAGCGAGCAAUGAAGGAAUGGGACUGUCAGAUCCAUGCGUUUGUCUAUGACCGGGAUCAAAAUAGCUGCGUAAGAUUGGUACCAGAGAGUCAGGUAAAAUGA